AUGCCGCUACCGCACGUGAGCGACGGCACGCUCCCUGCCCACGUGGAGGAGCAGCGCACGCGCGUCUCGAUCCAUGAGGACGCGCCGCGGAUGACUGCGACAGUCGAGGCGGCUGGCGCCUACUUUGCGUCAGGCGUCGACAACUCCUUCUCGAUGGAGCGCUUCCGCCGCGACCUUCGCAUCGAGGUGCAGCAGCUCGACGAGGAAGAGAUUGUCUUUGACGUGAUCGGGAUCGACGCGGCCAUUGCCAACGCCUUUCGGCGGAUCCUGCUCUCUGAGGUGCCUGCGAUGGCAAUCGACAAGGUGUUUAUUCUCAACAACACGUCGAUGACAGAGGACGAGGUCCUCGCGCACCGGCUCGGCCUCAUCCCCAUCCGCGCCGACCCGCGCCUCUUCCGCGAGCGUGUCGGCGAUGAGGACCCGGACGAGCAUCACGUCAUCGCAUUCCGGCUCGAGAUCAAGUGCACGCGAGGCAACAAGGACGAUCCCGGGUCGAGCGAGAUGGUAAACUCGCGCGUCCUCUCCAGCCACCUGCAGUGGAUCCCGCAGGGCGACCAGGAGGAGCGCUUCCGCGAGCGCGAGAUCAAGCCGGUGCACGACGACAUCCUGAUCGCAAAGCUGCGGCCGGGUCAAGAGAUCGUGCUCGAGGCGUGGUGCGAGAAGGGGAUCGGCAAGACGCACUCCAAGUGGUCGCCCGUCGCCACCGCCUCGUACCGCCUGCUACCCGAGAUCCGGUGCUCGCGCGUGCGCGACCACUUCAUCUUCUCGGUCGAGUCGACCGGCAUUCUGCCGCCAGAGGAGCUGUUUUGCGAGGCGGCCAAGGUGCUCAUGCAAAAGGCGGCCGACUUAGCGCAGCUUCUCAAAGACGCCGUGUUAGGGCAGGGCGGCGGCGCCGACGAGUGA